AUGUACUUGUUGAAUGAGGUGUCCCUCCGCACGAAAGCACACUCAGAAGAGCUUUACCAAUGCCAGGUUGUUUUUGAUGAAGCUUUGGAAGGGCUGAAACAGUUGUGGGUCCUUCACGAACAAACAAAGAAAGAAGCUAAAGAGUUAAAGGAAGAGGUCCUGUCGGAACAGAAAGUGGCCACUUGCCAGGCCAAAGUAGACCAGGGAGCUGAGGAGUUGCGGUGGGAUGUGAGAGAAGGUAUUCCUCUUUUUGUUCGUGCUUUGUUAGAUUCAAGCGACUUCGGCACCGUGAAUGCUACCAUGCAGACAUCCGCCAUCCAACUCGACCUUCACCAAGCUUGUGUUGAUAUGAAGGAAAAAUAUCCUGAAGAAUUGAAGGAUAAGAGUGUCUUAUAUUCGUACCCAGAUGCACAAUGUUAG